GCCAUUUCGAAAGUGAUCGACGUUUUCGGAUCACGCACCAAUCACGCGACUUGCUCCAUUUUUUUUACCCGUUUAACUUUCUCCUUGUCCUGAAGAAAAGAACAGGAAUUUCCCCGCCCGUAUCAAAGCUAAACAGCUUCCAAGAGCGGAGAAAUUAGAGUUAAACAAUCCAAGGUGGCGGAGGAUUCCUGCACUAGAUGUCCGUGAGCCUAUCCUGCCCCGUUGCUAUCAACAAGAGCACAUACACAAUAUGUAUGUUGCCUCGAGGAGUCCCGUUCUUCUAUGUGACCCUAUUUCAAUCGACUUGUGACCCCGCCUGCCGAAAUUGAAAUUGACGGCGGGGGUGUCUUUCAUAUUUGCAUUCGUCCUUUGCUCCCACCCGCUCGAGAUUCUCCGCGUCCACACAUACAUUCGGCCCUGACAGAUCUGCCCGUGCACCAGCCGUGUCUAUCUCGGGCCCUUUAAAUCCACCGGAUGUCUCGAUCUUCUCAAGAUGGCACUUUUGCACGGACUCCUCCAACUGGACCACGGAAUAAGAAGGAAACAUGGACCAGACACCCUGCGGAACUUGACUUCCUUUGUCCGACAAGCAUAGAGGACACGGAGAUCAUCGACUAUCUUCGCGACCACGUCUUCAGCGUUCCACCUCGUGCACACUCGACGUCCCCAUCCGCUUACGAUGAGAGAGGAGAGAGUAGCGCGUUCUUUGGUGUCGUGUGUCAAAUCAACGGCCAGCGCGUGGAGGUCCAACUACCCGUCCAGUACCGUACCCCUGUCUUAUGGGUCGUCGAGUUUCUCUGGACAAUGAUUCGGUCGAGUCUGACCGCAGAAUCGCCUGAGGCGACGUGGCCCGCCGUCAGGUAUGAGAUUUGGCAUGUUGCACGGCUGUGCCAGAGUCUCUUGGAGCAAGCCCAUCGUGCGAGGGAUCUGACGAGUCGUUGGCGCUCUUUGUCUUUCGACCGAGCACUGCGGCGCUACUCGCUCGGCUACUUUCGUUCAGCUAACGAGGACAUGAAACAGUUUGAGCGCGUUUUUAGCGAACAAGACUACCACAAAGACGAUAUCUUGGCUUUUGAUUGGACCUCCAGGGAAUUCGAGAAGCGCAGCAAUAUCAGGCUGUCCGCUGAUCAGCUGUCAGGUGGAGUUUCAGCCGAGGAACUGCAGGCAAGGCUGCAAAUCGAUCCAGGACCCAGGGCAUUCCGCUGGGCAAGUCCAGGGAACUCAUAUCCUGCAAUGAAGGGCAGUCCUUCCUCUACCCCCAAGAUUACUGCUCGCCCCCCUCGCUACCACCCAAACGACGAUUCCGUUGACAAUCGGCGCGUCAAGUCGCGUCGCGGCUCCAGAUACGAGGAUGCAUCUGCAUCGCCAGCCGUUUCUAAUCGGACGCCACCGGCAAAUCUGGGUCUGAGCCCACUUGCGCCGCCAGUUCCAGCUGAGAUGGUGGCCCAACCCGUCAUGGAUCUGUCUCAUCAUUCUUUUAUGCCUCCGCCGAUCCAAAGACCGGUGACUACGAGACUGUGCUCUGCUUCUAAUGGAGAGCGGACGACCGACCCCCGCAAGCGUUUAUCUGGCUGCAUUUCACUGCCACCAACGGCCCCGUCAAGUCCUGUCGCCUCCACAUCUCGGCUUGCGGUCCAUUCUGGUGCGGCCCCGCCGAUCCCGCCCGAAUGUCCGCCCCAUUCCGCAUUUGUGUGUGCGCCGGAGCGGGCAGGCUUUGCUGUCCCUCGGACCCCAACACCUUCUCGCGGGGACUUUUGGAUUGAGCUCAUGGGUCCCCUGAGAGCAUCCGCCUCUGAAAUGAUCAAGGCUGAGGAUAUGGAUGACGAUCGGAUGGCUGUCGAUCCGCAGCCCGUGCUCGGCCACAUCGACCAACCACUCAUCACCCCGCGACAGACACCGGACCGCGUCCAUGCUGGGUCGUUCUACCCGUCUCCCUCUCCGGACCAUCCGCGCCAUCCGCAACGCUCGAUGCAGCGAGAGCCGGAAUUCGAUCUCCAGCUCACCCCAACCACGCCAUUUAUGGGUACCGACAUGGCCGCCUUCGUAAACAUCCUCGAAUCCAUGGGGAAGGAGAUGGCGGCGUUGCAAUCUCGGGUGGCUUUCUUGGAGCUGCAGGUAGCGGAACAACCUGCUUCCCCAACCCUUAAGAGUUUCCAUCAGUUGCGGCAUCUGCUCGACAAGAUGGAGGAAGACUGAGUCGCAGAUCUGUCUAUCUGCCCCUCCGUUGUGUGCUGUAUAUAUCUCCAUCUAUCUUCUACAAUACUUACAUACUGGUCUGUCCACCGGCUCGAGUUCGAAGCCUUCUUGGCUAUUUUAAAUCCUUCUUGGCGCAUGAGCGCUUGAGCUUUCAUCAGUUUCGAAUUGUAUUAUGGUUUGCUGCGGUCAACUGCGGUCUGCCAAAUGAUUAUCAGCAGGCAAGUAUGGCUGGACCCAACUUAUUCCUCUUAAACUUGUGUAAUUUGCACACUCAGCCUCUCCUCACACACGACUUGCCCACUACUAGAUUUCCUGACAUGAGUGACUCCACCCCUCUCCUUGCUGAUGUGGAAGGUGUCGAUUCGCAAGGAUCCAGUCUCAAGACCGCCGAUGCGACCUCCCAGACCGGCAAACCCGCGUUUAAGUUCGAUGCCAGGACGGUCCUGAUACUGGGUGAGACCUUUCAGUGUCGUUUCAAGGUGGAAUUAACAUCCUGUGGUAUCAGCGUCUCUCGUCGUGGUCGAAGUCAUCUGGACGUUGUUCAUCGUAAUGAUGGCCGCUGCAAGCUGCCCCAGUGAGUCAUAAUCUCGUCGCAAGAAUCUCCAUCGAGACUUUCGAUAGAUAUCCUUAUGAUAUUGAGCGUCAUUCUCUCGGUGCCUACCGCUCUGUUCUUGGGUCUGCUGUGAGCCACUAUCACGAGUGCUGCCCAUUGUAGUCGUCUGACCGUCUACCAGUUUAUACGCUGGACGCCGGCAUCCUAUCGCGACACAACUCAAUCAGGGUCCAUUCUCUUUAUCUUUGAGACGGAACAUCGACCAAAUUUACGUCCUGGUCUUUUUCGGGUCGUUCUGGCUGGGUACGAUCCACCCACAUCUUGGCACUACAGCUCAUUGACUCCGCUUCCAAGUCCUGGCGAUUGUCAUGUCAAUAUUCUGGGUUCCGUUUAGCGUUCCGCUCUUUGCCAUCGUAGCUCUGUGUAAGUGCUCUGUUGUGGACUUCCCGCCUGUGAUGAUUCAUGUGAUCUCUCAGUGUACGGCGCUGCCUUCGCAACUUACAAACGGGCUAUCAAGCUGCACGGACGUGAUGUUGAGGUUGUGAAGAUUGUUCAUGUCACAGUCUCCAAGUGGAAGAUCGCAGAUGUGGGCGGCUACGAGGAGGGCAUGAUCCAGAUUUGAGCGCACGUGAUCGCGUUUCCGACGUGACGGACUCGGAUAGGUGACCAACAACCUCAUCCAGUCUCCAGUGUCUCUCGCUCUUCCUAUAAAUCUGUUGUACAAGCAAUUUAUGCUUUACCGCUUCAAAUUCCCUCAGAAAUCUUCUGUAAUCGACCCCACUCGAGCAGCACCGCGGCGAAAUAGCAGUCGUUCUGCCUAUCGGUCAGCACCCGCUGCGCAAAGAGCAUUCCGUUCGCCUGAAUCUGGCGUGCUUCUUUAUCAUGUGCCCGUGCCCACUCGACCUUCUCCACCAGAUCCGACAAGUCAAUCUUCACGGGGAUGUAGUGCUCAUAGGGACGCAGCCAGUCGCUGAAGUAUUCAGUGAAUGCGCUCGCCUUGAAAACGAGCGACCCGGAUCUCAGAAGACCCAGAUACCUUCCGGAAAACGUGUUUCCAUCGACAUCGAGGGCGAACUUGUACUGAUACACUUCUUCGCGAGGACUGAAACCGCCUGGGACGAGAUACUCGGCGAUGAUGGGCCCCGCAUCGCAGUCGUACUCGGGCUUGCAGUGCUCUGCGUACCACCCCGUCAUGCGAGCGUUGAUGAUAUCCGGUCGGGAGGCAGCGAUCUUGACGAGCCGGAAGCGGGAAAAUUUGUGAUAGUUGUCGUUCAAGAUGGUCCCUCCGUUCGACGAACCCCGCCAGUCUGGGUCGAGCUUGAGAUAUCGUUCGGGCGGCUGAACUUUCCUGACCACUGCGACGAGUCGUAGUAGUAUUGGCCCGGGAACAUGAUGUCCGCGAAGCAGCUCGAGGUGGUCUUGGUCAUGCUGAGGAGCGGAUACAAGUCGGUCGUGAAGUCGGAGCUGGAGCUGAAGUUGAUGACUGCAUUGGGGACAGUGCGUCGAUUGAGGUCCCCUUCUCGGUCAAGAUCGUCCGACACUCGGCACGUUCUUUGAAGAAAUCAGAAGUGGGUGCCGGUCGGAUGCGGAAUGGUUGGGUGUCCGCGAUGGCUAGCGCCGUUUUGCGGUUUCUGGGAUCUUGGGUGUUGAAGACAACGCGGGGCUCGUCGCGGCCAUUAAUGAGGAACUCCAUAUCUGGCAGGACGUCGAGGAACUGGGCCAAGUCUUCAGUGACCAUAGGCAGAUGAAUUGGGACGAACAAACCUUAGUCAAUGUGGCCCUCCAUUCGUCAUCCCACACCGAGCCUCGAUACGUCGGCAUCUCGAUCGUGCCAUUCUCGAUCUUGAUAGUCACCAUCCCCUUUGGGUCCAGCAGCAUCUGAUGGAUACACUCUUAGCCCGAAACAUCUCCAGCCAAUCUGCACUUGCUCACUAGGCGCCGUCCCAAUUCGACCAUUCUCUUGAACUGCACCGGGUCUUCUUUUGCCAACUGGUAGAAGGGCUCGAAAUCGCGAUGAAUCUGGUGGUACUCGUCGACAAGACACUUGUGUUCUUGUGCAUAGGCGAACCACUUGUCGAAAUUCGGCGGUGGAAGGCGACCAUUCCGGAGGCUAUACUGGGUCUCUGCCUCCUCGAUUGUCUGAGAUUGUCGCUGAAACAACUCGUCGAUGCGCGUGGCGGCGAUGGAUUCCGGACUGGCUUCGACUGGUGUGGCUGGACUUGCCCUGUCGAGUGCUGCCACCGAAUCCUUGCUGUAAUCGAGCUCUAUCAGCCACAUCGGUUCUGGGCUCCCGACAAAUCCCAUGUCUUCUGGGAAGCCUGGCUCCGAAGGAUAGACAUGAUAGACGACGACGACCACUACGACGCCCGCCAAUAUCGUGCAGACGCGGCCCCAGAAUGUCAUCCUGCUCGUUCGCAUCGGCAAUAGUGUGACCGGAAGGAGAUUGCUCGAGGCCUGGCUGUUGGAGCGUUCUCUGCCGCUGAGAUAUAUCAUCGCGAGAAAGCAAACCGGGUGUGCGUGUCUCAGCUAUCCGGUCGUGCUUAUGAAGGAGAGGGCAUGUGGUGUGUCUCAUUCAAGUCUCAUACUAGCCGCUUAGAUUUCUAGUGCGCGCGCUGAGCUGCCAGAUGUCGUCCGUCUAGGGCAUGAACAGACCCCAACGUUACUUGUAUUCCAUUUACAGCGAGAAGCGUCGAUAUACCCCCAUGGAACUGAGAAUGCCUGAGAUCUCUGCCCUCUCUGCCCUUAUUGUCAGCUGCAGCCAUUCUACGAAGCGUGGGCAAACACGUAGCUCGCCGGCACGUACUGGGACCUUGAGCUGUAUGGGAUCCGAGUUGAGCUCACCGAGAGUAUGUGUUUAACUCGAUCGGUCGGAAGAGGAGGGGAACUUGUUACUGCGCCAUCUUGGCUUCCAGUGCUCUAGUCCCUCCGCGUGCUGAAUGGGACUGGGACUCCCGCUCUCAUCAUGCGCUCAAAAUCGACCUUGGAGAACCUCCAAAUUUUUGCGCCCGAGUGCGACGAAGACGAUAAAUCCUUACAAAACUUGCCGCCCAGCACGAUGGUGAGCUUGAAACACUGAUUAUGAUUCUAUACGGAAUGCAGCCGGACUACCAAAUGAUCCCAAAGAUCGUCUUUACUUUAUGCAAACCAGCUUGAAUAUCUUGUGAAGCCUGGACAUCCAAGUAUCCAUAGCCGCUGCCCAUCGUCACGUGGACGAGCGCGCAAUCCGGAUCCCAUGCGAUGGGGUUUGUCUCUCUUUGACCCACGAUUGCGAAUGAGAUGACCUAGAACAAAGCAAGGAGUAUGUAAAUAUAAGCUAGUCCGAUUCCCAAACCUCGCAGGUUCGACUCGUAACAGGUAAACAAGAUGAGCGCGAGGGGCAGCAAUGCAAAGGCUAGCAGAAUCGGCGAUGCACCGAGAGACACCAGGUAGGUUGUGUUCGUCGGAUUAAACAACAUCGCGCGCACAUCACAUCUGUAAUCGGAGACGUCGAAGGAAGGGAGGACAGUGUAUUGGGGGCUGUGCGCGUGGGCACGAUAAAAGAACACCAGCGCCGCAAUGGAGGCUCCGAACUGCCCCAGCGCCGCAGGGGUCAACACCCAACUUAGCGGCGUAUAGAGUCGCGCCGGAAUGUCUCGCUCCAAGGUGACGAGGUACCCAAUGACAGUGAGCACCGCAACGGGCGAGAGCAAGGCGUGCGACCCAGCCUGGUCGCGGAUGAGGACAAUGAAGGAGUGCCACCAAAGAAUUGUCGUAACGAGUGAAUAUGAAAGCAGUCCAUAGAGCUUGAUCGCACUGAAUGUGGUUCGCGCGGUUUUUUGCGGUCGGAUGAAGAUCGGGUCGCUGGAUUCACAAGUGAGCGCUCUCGCAGUGAUCGGAGGAUAGCGAUUAUACGCAAAAAUCGUCUGUCCGCUCGACCGCAGAGAACUCAUACUCUUCGAAGUGAUCCUGGUCGUUGGGGCUGAACCGCAGCCAAAGACCGGCCGCACCGAGCGCCCACGUCACGAUGUUGAAAAAGACAUUGACCCAUCAGAGCGUAAAGGCGCCGUCCGCAGGCAAACUCGAUAGAACUGUGUAGUUCCAGAAUCUGUCGCAGAACUCAGCUGCAGAGAGCGAGCCAUUUGUGAUCAGCUGAGUACCGGCACCGACAUCUGGGAUCGGGACUGUCGCGUUAGGCGGCGCUUCAGUCGGGCAGGGACCAAAAUGCGUGUUCUUGUAGAGCCCAAAGUGGGUUUCAUUGAGAGCGAAGGAGGAAGAGGCGGAGAAGAUCGACACAAUGAGAAGGACAGCAAUGCGCGGUGGAAUCAUCAAGGUAAUUGUCACUGGCAAGAGGGCCUGGGAAGAUGGUGUAGAUGGAACCCAUGUACAUGAGGGCAGUGUCAGGGCGCCGAGGCAUUAGCGUUAUCUUUUGAAUGCAAGGAAGUCUAGACCUAGACAGUCGCGGUGAUUGUCAUUUCGAGCAUGGUGAACGGUGGUUGGGCGACUAGUCUCGUAAACAGCACUUUCUUCCUCUCAAUCGCAGACUUACUACGGAGACAUACCCAACUCUGGAUCCAUGGACGAGGUUCAGUAAUGCCCUGCCCUCGAAACGUCUUAUUCCUACUUGCUCUAGAAUGGUCUGCUGACGCAAGUUACCCACCUCUGGGUCUGUGAGUCCUCUUAACCUGACCCUCCCGGAUCCCCUAGUAUCGAGCAAUAUUGUCACCAUUCGAUCCGACGGAGGAGUAAG